AAAUUUUAAUCUUCUUCUUCAGUUUGUAUUCGAUUUCAACCUAAAACCUGAAUCGAUUAUCCCAAAAAAAAGAAAAAAAAUACUGAAUCCGAACGCAUCAGACUUUGGAUUCGCAAAGAUUCAGAUUUUUUUUUCUUUCCAUGAUGGAAGUUGAUGUAGUUGUUAUCUUCAAAACCCCAACAUAAAUCUCUGAUUUUCUAUCCUUUUUUGUCGAGUGGAAGUGAAGUAGGGUCUCGAUUUGGUUUUCCGAUAUUUGAUUUGAUCGGUGAUGAAGAGGUUGAGGGCCGCCGUGCUGUUAGGAUUUCUCUCCGUCUUGAGUGGUUGUUUGGUAACGUCGGCGAAUGUAAUAUUGAUUGGGAACGACAUCACUCUUUGUCUCCGUGACAUCGAAGCUGAUUUUACUCCAUCAAUCAAAGGGUCUGGAGAGUGUGGGGUGUUAUAUUUGGCAGAGCCGCUUGAUGCAUGCUCGGAUUUAACUAAUCAAAUUGAAAAUGUUACAAGGUCUAGUUACCCAUUUGCAUUGGUCAUUAGAGGAGGGUGUUGUCCCAAGGAAAAAGUUAGAAAAGUACAAAAGGCAGGAUUCAGAGCUGCUAUUAUCUAUGGCAAUGAAGAUGAUGGUGACUUGUUUUCAGUGCUUGGGGAUGCAGCUGGUAUCAAGAUACAUGCUGUAUUUAUUUCCGAAGCUUCAGGGAAAAAACUCAAAAAGUAUGCUGGGCGAACUGACAUGAAGCUGUGUUUAAUCCCUAACAUUGAAAAUUCUGCAUGGUCGAUCAUGGCAAUCUCAUUUAUUUCCCUACUUACCAUGUCUGCAGUUCUUGGAACAUGCCUUUUUGUAUGCAGGCAUCGCAUAAGACAAGAACGUCCCAGAUCUUCCAAUGUUUGCGAUCAUGAAUUCCAUGGAAUGAGUAAACGCUUAGUGAAAACAAUGCCUAGCCUGAGAUUUACUGCUGUCUUAGAGGAUAAUACUACUUCAAGAACGUGUGCCAUAUGUCUUGAAGACUACACUUUGGGAGAGAAGCUGAGGAUUCUUCCAUGUUGUCACAAGUUUCAUGCUUUCUGUGUGGAUUCUUGGCUUACAACGUGGAGAACCUUUUGCCCAGUCUGUAAGUGUGAUGCAAGAACUAGUACAGGUGAUCCACCAGCAUCAGAAAGUACACCACUGCUGUCAUCCAGUCCAGCUUCUGUGGGUUCCUCCGUACUGUCAUCUGUUAGAUCUUCAUUGGCAUCAUCAUCUGCCAUACGCAUUGCCCCAGCAUCAUCACGGUCCCCAUAUGUUUCUCAUGUCCAUUCUCUUGCAAGCACUCCUUAUGUCCAGCAAUCUCUUAGGUCCUACCGUCAAUCUCCUCCCAUCAGUGUUAGCCGAAACCCUAUAGAUCUUAGGAAUGCAUCUUCACAAAGAUCUCAUGCUUCACAUUUGGGUUACCCAUCUAUCUCACCACUAAAUGCAAGAUACAUGUCUCCAUAUUAUCCAAGCCCAAGCAAUGCCUCAGCAAGUCUAGUUAGUUCUUCUGGUCGUCAGCUGCAUCCACUACAUUGUAGUGAGUCAGCUGCAAGUUUUUCUCCUUUUGCAUCCGCUCAUUCUCUUCCAGAAUGUUAACACAUAAUAAAUAGCUAAAUUCAGAAUGGAAUGAACCUGCAUACAUACACCAAAUCAUGAUUAGCCUGUGUUUGACAUCUCUUAGAUCGUUGUGCCUUUGAUUGGGUUCCUGUUAAUACGAUUGCUUGCCUUUGUUUUGGUGCUGCCUCAUUUGUACAUUUUAGCACCAUGUCUAGAUUGCGAGUUGCUUCCACCUGGUUUGUACAUUGUAGGAUAAGAUUUUUGUUAUUUGUCUUGUGUUCCAAUGAUAGAGCUUUUGAAUUGUUUUUCCUAAAUGCAAAUUGAAUGCAACGGCAGUUGGAUUUUGCUAUUUGAACUCUAACCUUUUAGUUGUGUAGAAUCUGCAGCUGAAGAUGCAAGUUGUCCUCAUCCUAUGUUUAUGAAUUAGCAUUCCUCCUCUCUUUUCUCAAAUUCUACAAUGUUCUUAGUAACGAGCCUGGUAAUAAACUUAAAACGUAUCA